CAUCCUCGAAGAAGAAAAAGAACCCAAGAAGCAGAGAAGCUCCAAUGGCAGAAAGAGCAAUCGAAGGUAUACCAAAUCACAAGGUCCUCUGAAAUCGAUCUCCUCCGCCGGCGUUUCACCAUUAUCGGAGUUGCACCUCAGAGAGAACAGAAUGAAAUUAGCUCCGAAAGUAAUAUUCCUCAUCAGAGAUUCCGAGGGUUUCGCCUCAGCCAUUUCCGGAGCUCUCCGCCCCAACCCUCCAAUAUCGGUUACCACGCGAGAUGAAUGCUUCGAGUUCUCCCUGGAGCAGUAUGAAAUCAAAGACCACAAAGCCUCUGGGAACAUCGUUCACUAUCUCGACGGCAAGGGAACCUAUCAGGUUUCAGUCUUAAUUUUACAAAGUUAUGAACCUCCAGUGUUGGCAUGUGCUGUGAAUGAAGUUCUUUCACACAUAGCAGGAGAUAGUUUACCCUCUUCUUCGAUGCCUACUCUUGUGGUCCCAUCUGUUAUUACGUACUCAAAGAUCAAGUGGGAGAGCAAAACUGUCACAAAAAAUGAUCCGACUGUUCUUCUGUAUGGUACCGAGAUUGGUCCAGAAACGGACAUUUCACGAACGAUGGUUGCCAAAGUGCAGAAACUGCCACCAAUGUCGCAGAUUUAUCAUGAACAGUUGGCCUGUUUAUUACACUUGAUUCGCGUCUCAAACAUUCCUGCUUUUUUCGUUUUUGGACGAACAGGUCGUAGUCUUUCCAAUCAAGCUGCAGGAGAAGAGAUUCAGAUACUGAAUGAAAUGGGUGAGCUUUUUGCAAGCUGCUUGGCCCUCAGCUUUUCAAGAGAAGGAAUCGUGUGGAAUCCAAAAGAAACAUCAAAAGAUGUUAAGGAGCCAUGGCGUGCUUUAUACGGCUGAUGAUGGAUCAUUCAAAUCAAUCAAUUGGUUCAUAUGGUAACAACAAGGGUAGUCGCAAUGCUUAAAUGUUUAAAUCCAGUUCAAGAAUUUUGUUUUUGAUUUUCUGUUGUUCAUAUAGCAACAAUUUUCUCUGUCUUUUCAUUUUGUUUACAAGAAUCUUUUUAUUGGCUAACACAAGUACAAAGCGAAGGAGAAAGAGAGGUAAUUGAUCCUCUUAAUUUGUCUUUAUUAUAAAAAAUCGGUUUAAUUGUUUAAA